CUUUGAUUCGCCAGCGUUGCGGAUACUGAUGCCGAUGCUGAAGCCGAUGCCGAAGUUUUGUGUACACCAAUCUCACCUGCACACACUCUCCCUCUCACCCCGCACUUGUUGUGAGGUAACUAGGUUCGAGUAGUGGUACAAUAGUGGUAAUUUACAGUACUGUAGCCUUGUGGUCGUGGUCGCUUGAAUCUUGGCAGGCGAAGCUCAUUGAAGAUCUUCGCCUUCAUCCACAUCAAGCUUAAGCUUGUAUCAAUGUAUUUAUAUAAAUAGAAGAUCUCAGCCCUAUGCCAUGCCAUGUAUCCAACCUUAUGACCCCCACCACUACCUCACUCCAACGACCACCAGAUGAUGAAUCCACCGUCUAGACUCAACCAAAAUGUCCGUCACACUCCACACCAAUUUCGGUGAUAUCAAGCUCGAGAUCUUCUGCGAGAGUGUCCCCAAGACCGCCGAGGUGAGUACCAAUACACAUUUACACUAACCUAUUCUAUGCAGCGAUACAAUCUUACUUGAACCUCAACUCAAGUACUGACUCUCCCCAGAACUUCCUCGCCCUCUGCGCCUCAAACUACUACACCAACUCCACCUUCCACCGCCUCAUCCCCUCCUUCAUGAUCCAAACCGGCGCACCCCCUUCGCAACCCAAAGGCGGAACCUCCAUCUGGUCAGGUCCCUUUGCCGACGAAAUCCGGCCGUCGCUGCGACACAACGCGCGCGGCAUCGUCAGCAUGGCCAACAAAGGUCCCGACACCAACGGUUCCCAAUUCUUCAUCUGCUUCGACAAGGCGCCGCAUCUGGAUGGGAAGAAUACCGUGUUUGGCCAUGUCAUCGGGGAUGAGGGGCUGAAGACUUUGCAGAAGAUGGAGGCCGUGGAGGUGGAUAGGAAGAAUCGCCCCAAGGAGGAGAUGAGGAUUGAGAGAGUUACGAUGCAUGCGAAUCCUUUGGCGGGGUGAGGAGGGGUAUGGGUUGGAUGUUGGUUGAGACGCUUUAUUGGAGUCGUGGAUUGGGAGGGCUCGGCGUGAUUAUCAAAUUGGGAUUUGAUGAUGACCGUUGGGUGAUUGGGGUCGAUACAUGCUGUUUACAGCAUACGAGAAGAAAAGCGCUACUUCCAAAAACCCUACCAGAGAAUAGGACAGCGGAGGAGCAAAGAAUAUAUCCACCCAGCCAUCCAAUCUCCAAAAAGGCAAUCCAUAAUACAUACAAGUGAUCUCAAACUCAACUCCUCCUUCUCUCCCAACCAACCGCAACCACUCGCAGGCUCACCUCGGCUUCCCAUCACGCUAGCAUCCCACGCCACAGAAAUACCCCCCACGUCCGUUAAAGAUCCAAGUAAGUGCCCAGCCCUCAAUCAUUUACACGCUCCUACGGAACACGUCUAUCUGGCUUAGUAGUAACACAUCUCUUAUGUUACCACUAAGACAACGGCCGUACACACUGAAAUAUAGUACCUAUUAGCUAAAAACAGAAGAGCGCAGGAAUAAUAGCCCAAUAGACAAACUCAGUACGUCUAGUUUACGCUCCCUAGCGACACUCAAAUAGUGUUUAGACUUUUUGCAGUUUUUUUUAGGGGGGCAUAUCAGCCCGUUUUAUAAAACCUCGCGAGGAACGCUAGAAGUAAAAAUAUGGGAUGGCUUUUGAUAUACUAUGAAAGCUCUAUUCUUUUUCUUUUUUU